UUACAGCUCAGUAAGAACUACUACAAAGCAGAGCCACACAAGGUUAACUUUAAGACAGCACCGGAACAAUCCAGAAAGGAAGUCAACGCUUGGGUUGAAAAACAAACUGAGGGCAAAAUCAAGAAUUUGCUGAAUUCAGCAGAUGUGGAAAACACCACCAAGCUGAUCCUGGUAAAUGCCAUUUACUUCAAGGCAGAAUGGGAAGUGAAAUUUCAGGCAGAAAACACGGAUCUGCAGCCCUUCCGACUGAGCAAGAACAAGACCAAGCCUGUGAAGAUGAUGCACAUGAGAGAUACAUUUCCAGUUCUCAUCAUGGAAACAAUGAAUUUCAAAAUGAUUGAGUUGCCGUAUAAGAAUCAUGAACUCAGUAUGUUCAUCCUCCUUCCCGAUGACAUCAAAGACAGCACUACGGGUCUUGAACAGCUGGAAAGAGAACUGACGUAUGAGAAGCUGUCCGAAUGGACUGAUUCCAAGAAGUUGACCAAAACUCUUGUGGAUCUGCACCUACCUAAGUUCAAAAUGGAGGAGAGAUAUGAUCUCUGUGAAAAACUGAUCAGCAUGGGAAUGCACAGCGCCUUCAGCAGCAACGCUGAUUUCAGUGGAAUGGCUGAGAAGGGUGAGGUGCUGAUUUCCAGAAUUCUUCACAAGUCUUUUGUUGCAGUUGAUGAGAAAGGCACCGAGGCAGCUGCUGCUACUGCAAUUGGAAAAGCAACGAGUUUUCCUUUUGGCCAGGUUCUGAAAUUUAAGGUUGACCACCCUUUCCACUUCUUCAUCAGACACAACAAAUCCAAGAGCAUCCUCUUUUUUGGCAGAUUCUGCUCUCCCCAAGAAUGAGUUAUUACUUGCACCCAGACAGCACCCAAGGUUCACUGUUCAAUGGAAAAAUGUGAACUGCAGUGUCAAAAGCUCAACCUUAAGCCACGUAUCCAUACAUACUCAAAGUGAAUGCUCUUUUUCUUCUUCCCCCGCAAGUGAGGCAGCACCCAGAGACCAUCCUGUGUCUCAGAACUCAUCCCUCUACUGCUCCUUUCCAUUGUCCUAAUGAGACAGCCCUCCACAGAAAAGCGAAUGCAGAAUUUUGCUCCCUUGCAUCAAACCUGCUCUUCUGGCUUUGUUGUUCAAGAGGGAGGUGGAGCCACAAAAGCUCUCUGCACACAGGCCAUUGUCUAGCCCUGUGCCAAGUGCCGACUUCAAGGGAAAUGCAGUUCAUCCUCUUGAAUAUCCCAGGGAGGAAAAAAAAACCUU